CGGCUGGGCGGAUGCUGCCGCUGCUCCCGGCUGCGCCUGCUCGGGUCGCCUGGGAGAACCUGCCAUGCAGCAACCCCUGCUGGGAGCCGAGGGCCUGGACUAUGAUACCUUCCCCGAGGAGCCGCCCCCGUCGCCAGGGGAGAGGACGCGUGUCGGGGUCUUGCAGAACAAAAGGGUGUUCCUGGCCACUUUUGCUGCUGUGCUGGGCAAUUUCAGCUUUGGGUAUGCCCUGGUCUACACAUCCCCUGUCAUCCCAGCCCUGGAGCACUCUUUGGAUCCGGACCUGCAUCUGACCAAAAGCCAGGCAUCCUGGUUUGGGUCUGUGUUUACCUUGGGAGCAGCAGCCGGGGGCCUCAGUGCCAUGGUCCUCAAUGACCUCUUGGGCCGGAAGCUCAGCAUCAUGUUCUCAGCUGUCCCCUCUGCGACCGGCUACGCGCUCAUGGCAGGUGCCCAUGGCCUCUGGAUGCUGCUGCUGGGGAGGAUGUUGACAGGCUUCGCUGGGGGGCUGACAGCUGCUUGCAUCCCGGUGUAUGUGUCUGAGAUCGCUCCCCCAGCUGUUCGUGGGGCUCUGGGGGCCACACCCCAGCUCAUGGCAGUGUUUGGAUCCCUGUCCCUCUACGCCCUUGGCCUCCUGCUGCCGUGGCGCUGGCUGGCUGUGGCAGGAGAGGCGCCUGUGCUCACCAUGAUCCUACUGCUCAGCAUCAUGCCCAACUCACCACGCUUCCUGCUCUCACGGGGCAGGGACGAGGAGGCACUGCGGGCGCUGGCCUGGCUGCGUGGUGCAGACACUGAUGUCCAGUGGGAGUUCCAACAGAUCCAGGACAAUGUCCGGAGACAGAGCAGCCACAUGUCAUGGGCUGAGGCCCGGGACCCACACGUGUACCGGCCAAUCGUCAUCACCUUGCUGAUGCGCCUCCUGCAGCAGCUGACAGGCAUCACCCCAAUCCUGGUCUACCUGCAGCCCAUCUUCAACAGCACCGCAGUCCUGCUGCCCCCCCAGGAUGACGCAGCCAUUGUGGGAGCAGUGAGGCUCCUGUCUGUGCUGAUUGCUGCCCUCACCAUGGACCUUGCUGGUCGCAAGGUCCUGCUCUUCAUCUCAGCAGCCAUCAUGUUCGCUGCCAACCUGACAUUGGGGCUGUACGUCCACUUUGGUCCAAGGCCUCUGACCCCCAACAGCACCAUGGGCCUCGAGAACACGUCGCUAGGGGACCCAGAGCAGCCCUUGGCCACACCAGUUAGCUGCCUCACCCUGGUGCCCCUCCUAGCCACCAUGCUGUUCAUAAUGGGAUACGCCAUGGGUUGGGGACCUAUCACCUGGCUGCUCAUGUCCGAGAUCCUGCCCCUUCGUGCCCGAGGCAUGGCCUCCGGGCUGUGUGUGCUGGUCAGCUGGCUCACUGCCUUUGUCCUCACAAAGUCCUUCCUGCUGGUGGUGGGCGCUUUUGGACUUCAGGUGCCUUUCUUCUUCUUUGCGGCCAUCUGUGUGGUGAACCUGGUGUUCACGGGCUGCUGUGUGCCUGAGACCCAGGGCCGGUCGUUGGAGCAGAUAGAAUCGUUCUUCCAUGGCAGGAGGAGGUCCUCCCUGCACUAGGACCUUUCCUCACCUAGGGGCCAACCCUCUGAGCAGCCAGGCCUUGGUGUUGGCUGAAACCUGCACCCUGGGACAGGAGGAGGCAGCAGCUGCCAGCCAGAACACAGGAGGACCAGCCAGAGUGGGACAGGCCCCAUUAGGACAUGCUUCUUGGCACCAGACAGGCAGCACCACUGUCCAGCCCCCGCUCAGGAGAGGGAGCAGCCACGGGCCAAGGAGAGCUCAGCCCAGGACCAGGCCCUGCUAAGCAACCUCAGGCCUAUUCCUUACUCAUGUGACAAGGAUACUCUCUACAGAAGGCUGCAGUGAGGACAGAGACAACAGGGCUGGAGGCAGCAAUGUAACAGCCACCAUCAAGCAUCUUGCCCAUGGGCGGAAGAGGGGGCCCUACACCCACAGGAAUCUGUGGACACCACAGGAAUACCCCAGACUUAAGAGCCAGCACAGGACCCAGUCUGGCCUCAUCCUCCUGCCCCAGCCCAACCUAUAGGAACAGGGUCUCCUGGCUGCAAACUGUGUUCACCUUAUUUAUAAAAAUAAAGAAACUGGGCCUGUGGCCCUAGA